AUGAAGACAACGAUCCUCCUUGCCAGUGCCAUUCUGGGCCACUCCGUGUCAGCUCAGAUUGUAGGUGCCUACGGUCAAUGCGGGGGUGUAAACUAUUCGGGCUCUACAGCAUGUGUUUCAGGAUAUGUAUGCAUAUUUCUGAAUCCUUAUUAUAGUCAAUGUGUUCCAGGUACCGCCACGACUACGACCUCGUCUACGCUGACGACGACAACCUCCAAGACAACUUCGUCCACUUCGAAAACCACUACUACAUCAGCCCCGACUUCAACCGGCUUUUCCAAGGUCAAUGGCCUUAACUUUACGAUCGAUGGAAAAACAAACUACUUUGUUGGAACCAACACCUACUGGCUUGCGUUUUUGAAUAACAAAAGUGAUGUUGACCUCGUCCUCAGUGAUAUUGCGGCAUCUGGUAUGAAGAUUCUUCGAGUCUGGGGAUUCAACGACGUCAACACUGUUCCCUCGCCUGGAACUGUUUACUUCCAACUCCUUGCAAAUGGAACAGCGACAAUUAAUACGGGCGCCGAUGGACUUGAGAAACUAGACUACGUUGUGAGCUCGGCUGAAGCCCAUGGAAUCAAAUUGAUCAUCCCUUUUGUCAACAACUGGAGUGACUAUGGAGGAAUGGCUGCAUAUGUCACUGCUUUUGGAGGCUCACAGACCACUUGGUAUACCAACACCGCGGCCCAAGCGGCAUACCAAGCGUACAUCAAGGCAGUGGUCAGUCGAUACCGCACAUCACCAGCUAUAUUCGCAUGGGAACUUGGCAAUGAGCCACGCUGUAAAGGAUGCAAUACAUCGGUCCUUACUGACUGGGCGAAAACUACCAGUGCUUACAUCAAAUCCUUGGAUGCGAACCACAUGGUCACCACUGGUAUUGAGGGAUUUGGUCUUGAUGCUGGAUCAGACGGUUCAUAUCCUUACACAUAUAGCGAGGGAACAAACUUUACUGCACUCCUUUCCAUUCCAGACAUCGACUUCGGCACCAUUCACUUGUAUCCUAAUAGCUGGGGCGAAGCUUUAAGCUGGGGCAGUAGUUGGGUCUCAACCCACGGAGCAGCCUGUGCAUCUAUCGGCAAGCCAUGUAUUCUCGAAGAGUUCGGAGCAACAUCCGACCAAUGCGCGAACGAGGCACCCUGGCAAGCCACAUCUCUUAACACAAAGGGCAUAGGAGCCGAUAUGUUCUGGCAGUAUGGAGAUACUUUGAGUACGGGGCAAUCGCCGAAUGAUGGGAACACGAUCUAUUAUGGCACAAAUACAUUUACUUGCAUUGUGACGAACCAUGUUGCGGCAAUACGAUAA